CGGGGGAGGCAUAGUUUGGUGUUAAGCGCCCGUGUUAAUGUUCGAAAUGAAUUUGGACGAAAGAAAAGGCGUCGCACCUUACGACUGACUCGUACACGGAGUAACUCAAGUGGUUUUUGGUUUUUUUUGUAUUUCUUUUUCUUUCCGCCCGAUUCAAGGGGAUGCUAAGAAGUGUUGUUGUUGUUGUUGCCAUCCUCGUGACGUUACCGUGGCUAAAUAGUUGUUUACUGCUUGGUUUAGUUCUGAACCCAAUCACUGCCAUUGGCAGUGAUCUACAUCAAUUCUAUUUCAAAGGAGUCAUCCUGUUUUGUUGCAAUUGACAGCGAUAGACGUUAAAUUCAACACCCGUUUCAAAUUUUUGGCAGGCAAGGAGUUAAAACAUGCUUAUUCUUCCUCUGGUCAAUAUGCACCCUCCUUGAGUUUAUCAUUGGUAGACGUCCAGUCUAUUCGAAGAGGGAGGUUAGCAGCGAAUGAACGAAAACACUUGAAAUAGAUUGGACGUCUAUCGUGAUCGGUGUUUUUUUUUUGUCAGCCCUUUUCAUUUUAGUCAGUGUUUUGGAUGAAAAUACUUAUUAGUCAUUUUAGUAUGGCUUAGUCUUCUUUGAAGAUAUUGAAGCAGUUUUCGUUUAGUUUGUAGUCGUCAGUCUAAACUACUUCUGUUAUUAAAAAACGAGAUGUCAUCUGCUACCAAGUUAUGUCCAAACCACUGAGCACAGUGCUUCGUCUGAUGAUAAUGCACUCGGCAGGAAAACGGUACAUUAUUUUCAAUUGGUGAUACCCACCAGGACGCCAACAAUUUUGUCUUGUUAUUGUCUCGUCAGACAAAAACUGGCAUUCGUCUCGUUAUGUUUUAGUCUCCGGAGACCAGUGCUUAAUUUUUAAAUCAUAAGGUGCCGGAAUGCAAAGUACAUAUGACAGCACAGGGAUGACGAGACGGGCACAGGUCCAGGAACAUAAGCAGAAAAUGGUGCUGAAACAACAUGCAAAUGCCCACUUGCCCUGCUGUGGGACUUACACUCCUCAAUUUCAGAUAAUAAUAAUAAUACAUUUUAUUUCUAGGGCGCUUUUCAAGCCAUACAAAGAUGCUUCACAAGAGAGAUGGAAUCAUAGUACCAGGAAAACAAUCAUAAAAAGAUUAAAAGCAUAAUAUCCAUGGAAUAAAUGUUGUGACAAAAAUUUAGAAUUAGUUAGGCUAUACUCUGCACAGCAUGGGAAAUUGCCCACAUAACAACAGGUGGGACUGACAGUCAGCAAUUAGUCUCUCAACAGAUCUCACUUGUAAAACAUAAAAAAGAUUGGCACGCCUAUUUAGCUUACCAUAUUUAGUUGUCCAAAACAUUCCGAGUUGGCAUUGUUGCUUUUCUGACUCAUUUGUCUGUCUGUUAGGCAUGUUGAAAUACCGUUUGAUCCUAAAGUUUUUUUGUAAUUUAUGUCAGUGGCUGAGUUUUUGGUCCAGCUUCUGAGCGUGUCAACAAAUCUCUGACUCUUUCAAAUAACAACAACUUUUUAAAUGAACGGCGUGUCAUUCUGAAGUUUUGUUUCCACUCGAAAAGUUAAAACAGCAGCUGAUCUGACGAUCAAUCUCCAUGUUUUGCAACGUGACGCUUUGUUUUGAUUAAUCUGCAUAUGUCAGACGUCAGUUGUCAAACGUCCUUUCGGAAUAAAGGCAGACACAUGCAAACGCUGGAUCGGAAUAGAUGAAGUGACAUGUAAACAGCUGAUGUGAAAUUUCCAUUCGGAAUGAUUUGAAUCGGUAUGAAUAAAAGUCAGCAUGUAAACGUGGCUAUUGUUACCAGUAUUUCCAAGGGGCCGCUGUCCCGUUUCAGUGUGACCGGCAUUGCCAAUUUGGCGUAGAAGAAGAAGUGGGUCAGCGUAUGGGGGAGAGAAGGGAAGCGCGGUGUUGACUUUAACUACGGUUCGGAGUUGAUAGCACCGCUAACCAAAAGUGCAGAUUGGAAACAACAUGCAAUUCUUGUGAUAUGUUCUGUAAAUGAAUCUUUUCAUCUUAUUAUUUUAUAUAUUUUUAAAAAAGGUUUUUAUAUUGCCGCAUCACCGGGGCUGUAAUCGAUACGGUAAUUUCUGCGUCAACGUGGGGCUCUUAUUGGUGUUUCAUUGCGCCAGCGCGACGCUCCGAUGCUUCUUGGACUGCAUAGCCGCUCGUCAGUGACUUGUUUUUUGUUUUGCAUUUGGGUGGCGGAAAGAAGAAUAAAAUGACGGGGUAAAAAGCGUCAAGGUUCCGGUGUUAUUUUAGCUGCCAAGCUUUCACUGAGCAAGCGUUACAAUUUAAAGCGACUGUUUUCUGUGCAGCCCAAAUGCUUGAUGAAAAGUUUGGGCAACCAUGACUUAGAAUGGUGGUUUCCAGUGUUAUCCAGUGUGUGCUCUGUUCGUUAAAACGCACUGAUUCUUAGCGUUAUUUAUUGUAGGGGGCGCUAGCGUAGCAAGUGAUGAUAAUGAGUUCUUCACCUGUCAUUAGGGUUGUUCCGAUCAUGUUUUUUUGCUCCCGAUCCGAUCCUGAUCGUUUUAGUUUGAGUAUCUGCCGGUCCCGAUAUUUCCCGAUCCGAUUGCUUUUUUUUUUUUUUUUUGCUCCCGAUUCAAUUUCAACCUUUCCCGAUAAUUUUUCCCAAUCAUAUACAUUUUGGCAAUGCAUUAAGUAAAAAAAUGAAUAAAACUCGGACGAAUAUAUACAUUCAACAUACAAUACAUAAGUACUGUAUUUGUUUAUUAUGACAAUAAAUCCUCAAGAUGGCAUUUACAUUAUUAACAUUCUUUCUGUAAGAGGGAUCCACGGAUAGAAAGACUUGUAAUUCUUAAAGGAUAAAUGUGACUUGGAUAUUGUGACUAAAUAUUGCCAUCUAGUGUAUUUGUUGAGCUUUCAGUAAAUGAUACUGUAGCCAUUUAACUGUUCUGCCCAAUUGCAUGAUGGGAAGUGCAACCAUGACUGUGCGUAGUGGCACCAAUUGAUAUAUCUUCUCUGCGUUGGGAAAUAACAUAGGGUGUUAAGAAAAAGAUCAACUACGACCUUUCUUCCCCACAUUGCUUCCCACGCUAUUUCUAAUUGUUGAGAGAGGGAUUGUAAGGCUUUAGCCAUUUAAAAAAUGGCUCCAGAGACUGCCAAAAUUCACUCUACUCAUAUUACGUUGUCUUUUAGCUCUAUAUAUAGGUAAAACGGCGCCAUUAUAGAUUGAACGUGACAAUGCGUGAGUGCAAGCGCAUGAGUUAAUUGCGUUAAAUAUUUUAACGUGAUUAAUUAAAAAAAAAAUUUUUUACUGCCGUUAACGCGAUAAAUUGAUAGCCCUACUUUAAGCCAUAACUAAAGACUCUGGAUGAGUGUAAGACAUUUUGUCUGUAACGUUAAAUACAAUUAGAAAACGAUUUAAUUAAAAAAUACAUAUAUAUUAAAAAAAGGGAUGUCCGAUAUUUUUUUGCCGAUUCCGAUACUUUGAAAAUGACGUUACCGGACCCGAUCGAUCGGCAUCUUUACCUGUCAUUCCUCUCCACGUUGCUCGCCACGAUACUAUCAUCAAUAUUAUUACACAAGAGGUGCCGGAUCAGACUAAAUAAGUCCCGGAACACAUGGAGCCCAAAAUCAAGAGGUACCGGAACAUGUUCUGGCAUGAUCUGGCUCAAAUUAACCCCUGCCCGAGACACAUUUUUCAGCUUGUUGUCAUGUCGUUGUCAAGAAAAACUGUUCGUCGAUGGAAUAUUUUCCAUAUCGACAACAAUGCUCAUGAUAAAUGCAUUUCAUUCCCUUCACUAUUUGUACUUGAAAAUUAUUUCGAAGGGUAAAACAGUCAUGUAUUUUUUUCAAUUGACAAGAUACUGGAAAUAGGCAAAUUCAAAGUCACCAAUCUGUAAAGAACGGGCAAAUAUUGAGAUGCUGAUGCCCCCCGGGGUGUCAGGCUCUGGUAACCCGGUCAGCGCGCAGGCUGCGGCUCAGGAAAAGCAGAAGCGGCGGGGGUCGGGCGGGGGAGCCCCUCCCUCCCUCUCUCCCCAUUGGUCGCCACUCCGCCCAGCUGACGCUUCUGUCAGACGCGGACGAGGAGCUGAUGGAGGCGACAGCGAUGGGGUCAGAGGCCGGCGCUACAAGAUGGCGGCGGGGGCAUCGUAUGAUCAGCUGCUGAGGCAGGUGGAGGUGCUAAAGAUGGAGAACUCCAACCUGCGACAGGAGCUGCAGGACAACUCCAACCACCUCACCAAACUGGAGACCGAGGCCUCCAACAUGAAGGAGGUGCUGAAGCAACUUCAGGGCACCAUAGAAGAAGACUCGGAAGAGGCUUCCGGCUCUCAGCUGGAGCUCAUCGUCAGACUGAAAGAGAUGAGCCUGGAAGCUGGCGGAUUUAAGGCUAGGGCGAGGCCUCCGCCGCCACCCUCCUCGUCGGGCGGGGCGGCCGCUGCUCCCGGGGUUUCGGGCGCGUCGGCCAGUCGCAGAGGGCCGCCGCCGUCCGCACCCAGAGACGGUCACGAGCGCUGCCUGGAGGAGCUGGAGAAGGAGAGAGCUCUCCUAUUGGCCGAGUUGGAGAAGGAGGAGAAGGAGAAAGACUGGUACUAUGCUCAGCUCCUCAACCUGACCAAGAGGAUCGACAGUCUGCCUCUUAGCGAAAACUUCACGCUGCAGACAGACAUGAGUCGACGCCAGCUGGAGUUCGAGGCUCGCCAGAUCCACGCCGCCAUGGAGGAGCAGCUGGGCUCCCGUCAGGAAAUGGAGAAGCGAGCCGAGGCUCGGACGUCUCGAAUUCACCAGAUCGAAAAGGACGUCGUCAAGUUGCGGGCUCGACUGCAGGCGGACGCCACUCAAGUCUCCGGCGACAGUGUCGGAGGAGGGCCGGCGGCCUCGCAGAGCCCCGCCGCUCGAUCGGACCAUGAGCCGGCCGGCGAUACUGCCUACUCAGUGCCUCGACGAAUCACCAGCCACCUUGGAACAAAGGUGGAGAUGGUGUACAGCCUCCUGUCCAUGCUGGGGACGCACGACAAGGACGACAUGUCCCGCACGCUAUUGGCAAUGUCCAGCUCGCAGGACUCGUGCAUUGCCAUGCGGCAGUCCGGCUGCCUGCCGCUGCUCAUCCAGCUGCUGCAUGGCAACGACAAGGACUCGCUGUUGCUAGGAAAUUCACGUGGCAGCAAGGAGGCUCGCGCCCGUGCCUCAGCCGCGCUGCACAACAUUGUGCACAGUCAGCCGGACGACAAACGGGGACGGCGGGAGAUCCGGGUGCUCCACCUGCUGGAGCAGGUGCGCCAUUACUGCGAGGCCUGCUGGAGCUGGCAAGAGAACCACGAGAGGGGCGCGGACCAGGAAGAAAACCCCAUGCCCUCGCCCGUCGACCAUCAGAUCUGUCCCGCCGUCUGCGUCCUCAUGAAGUUGUCCUUCGACGAAGAACAUCGCCACGCCAUGAAUGAACUCGGUGGUCUGCAGGCAGUGGCGGAGCUGCUGCAGGUGGACUGCGAGAUGUUGGGUCUGAGCGGUGACCACUACAGCGUCACGCUGAGGCGAUACGCCGGCAUGGCGCUCACCAACCUGACCUUCGGAGACGUGGCCAACAAGGCCACGCUGUGUUCCAUGAAGGGCUGCAUGCGCGCCAUGGUCACCCAACUCAAAUCCGAGAGCGAAGACCUGCAGCAGGUGAUCGCCAGCGUGCUCAGGAACCUGUCGUGGCGAGCCGACGUCAACAGCAAGAAGACGCUGCGGGAGGUGGGCAGCGUGCGGGCGCUCACAGGCUGCGCCCUGGACGUCCAGAAGGAGUCCACUCUGAAAUCUGUGCUAAGCGCGCUGUGGAAUCUGUCUGCGCACUGCACGGAGAACAAAGCCGACAUCUGCUCAGUGAGCGGUGCGCUGGCCUUUUUGGUGGGCACACUGACGCACCGCAGCCACACUAAUACGCUGGCCAUCAUUGAGAGCGGGGGCGGCAUCCUCAGGAACGUCUCCAGCCUCAUCGCCACUAACGAGGCCUAUAGACACGUCCUGCGCGAGCACGGCUGCCUGCCCACGCUGCUGCAGCACCUCAAGUCCCACAGCCUGACCAUCGUCUCCAACGCUUGCGGGACACUGUGGAACCUGUCGGCGCGUGACGCCAAGGACCAGGAGGCUCUGUGGGAGCUAGGCGCCGUGGGAAUGUUGCGCAAUCUCAUCCACUCCCGCCACAAGAUGAUCGCCAUGGGCAGCGCCGCCGCAUUGCGCAACCUGACGGCCAACCGGCCGGCCCGCUACAAGGACGCAAGCGUGCUGUCGCCGGGGGCCGGGGCGCCCUCGCUGCACGCCCGCAAACAGAAGAAUCUCUAUAAAGAGCUAGAGGAAACCCAGCAGCUGUCAGAGACCUUCGACAACAUCGAUAACCUCAGCCCAAAGGCGGCGCACAGGAAGGGGCGGGGCUGCAAUGGCGUUGCGGCGGCGGGUGGCAGCCCGGGGCGCCCUUACGCCAACACACCCGUGCUGUCGGCUCCCAAAAACGGCGAUGGGGCCAAGCGGAGCGCCAAAGAGACAGGGUACGCGCGGCCCAUCUUCGCCGCCGGUGUGCGGGCAUCCAGCGACAGCCUCAACAGCGUUACCAGCGCCGACGGCUACGGCAACCGCGGCAAAACGGAACCCUCAUCAGAGCCGCUCUACUCCUCGGAUGACGCCGACAGGUGCUGCGUCUACAGGAAGUAUCCAGCUGACCUGGCGCACAAGAUCCGCAGCGUCAACCACAUGGAGGACGACGACGGCGCUGAGGUGGACACACCCAUCAACUACAGUCUCAAGUAUUCGGACGAGCAGCUGAAUUCCGGGCGGCAGAGUCCUAGCCGCCGCCGCGGGGCUGAGACAGACGAGGACAGGGAGCGGGCCGGGACGAGGGGUGAGGACGCACGUGUUCCCCCCACACCGCCACUGCGCUAUGCGCCCGCCGCGCCCGCCUACGGAGAUGCUGCUGAUCGGCCCGUCGACUACAGCCUGAAAUUCGGCGAGCCGCGAGACUCUGCCCCGCCCCCGGCCUCCUCGGCUGGUAAGGCUCGCCCACCACCCAAGGCGCAGCGGGAGUCCACGCAAACGUACUGCGUGGAAGACACACCCAUCUGCUUCUCCGGUGGAAGUUCGCUCUCUUCGCUGUCGCCCGAAGAAGAGGAGGACGAGGCGAGGAAGACGCCGGGCGGAGCCGACCACCGGCGGCGACAGCGCAAGGAAGUGGAGAGCCAGACGGCCGCCACUGCACCACCCGCACGACGUCGCGCCCACCACCACGCUCACCACGGCCACCACCAGCAGGGGACGUCGGGCGCCCGCACCCCUAAGAGUCCGCCAGAGCAGCCGUAUGCUCAGGAGACGCCGCUGAUGUUCAGUCGUUGCACUUCGGUCAGCUCCCUUGACAGCUUCUCCACUUCGUCCAUCGCCAGCUCGGUGCGCUCCAGCGAGCCGUGCAGCGGCACACCCAGUGGCGUGGUCAGCCCCAGCGACCUGCCAGACAGCCCCGGGCAGACCAUGCCCCCCAGCCGCGCUAAGACGCCCCUCCCACCGCCGCCACCCCCUCCUCUCCCCACCGAGAGCGCCCGGGAGGAAACGAAAGAGACGGAGGAAAGCGGCGGCGCCGACGUCAUGCUGCACUUUGCUACCGAGAGCACGCCACAUGGCUUCUCCUAUGCCUCCAGCCUGAGUGCGCUCAGUCUGGAGGAGCCUGAACGGGAGGACGGUGAGCGCCGGGAGGAAGCGGCGCCGCAGACCCUGCGGGAGUCCGACGACGACGAUGAUGACACUCAGAUCCUGGAGGCGUGCAUCAACAUGGCCAUGCCGCCGCGCAAAGCCGAAAAGCAGCCGCGAAGUGGCAAAGGCGGGCAACUGCCCGUCUAUAAGCUCCUCCCCCAACAGAGGAAGGAGCCGCCCCCCGCCGAAGAGGUCCCGCGCGUCUACUGCGUGGAGGGAACGCCGCUCAACUUUUCCACUGCCACGUCUCUUAGCGACCUAACCAUAGACUCGCCGCCCGAUGUGGAAGCGCCCCGUGGCGGACACCCGGAGGGGGAGAAUGGCGACGACAUCUUGGCUGAGUGCAUCAGUGCCGCCAUGCCCAAACCCAAAGCCGGCGGAAAGGAGGCGCUCCGACCGGCUGCAGCAGCCCCGUCUCUUUUCAAGAAACCCACCGGACGGGCAGCGGCCAAGCCCACAUCGCCGGUCAAGCCCACGCAACGCGCGGCCAAGGUCAAGCCGGGCUUCGCCUCUGACUCCCCGCACCGCUACACGCCUAUUGAGGGAACGCCGUGUUGCUUUUCCCGCAACGACUCGCUCAGCUCGCUGGACUUUGACGACGACGACAAGGGCGAAGAGGACGGCAAGCGGCGGGAGAAAAAAGCAGCGGCAGUCUUCCCUCAGAGCCGAGCCCCAGCCAACCCGCCCGUCAUGGACGAGAAGCAGAAGUUUGCCAUCGAGGACACGCCCGUCUGCUUCUCCAGGAACUCUUCCCUCAGUUCGCUGAGCGACAUCGACCAGGAGAACAACAACAACGAGUUCGCCGCUCCCCGUGACGACGGCGGCAACCAGGCCGAGCCGCUUCCUAGUAAAGCACGCGUGUGCAAUUACGCGCCCAAAGCCUUCCACGUGGAGGACACGCCCGUCUGCUUCUCCAGAAACUCAUCGCUUAGCUCACUCAGUAUCGACUCCGAAGACGACCUCCUGCAGGAAUGCAUUAGCUCUGCCAUGCCCAAGAAGAAGAAGAAGAAUGCCGCCGCCCCUGCGCCGCUUCCGGCUGCCCCCGCUGCGCCUCCUCCCGUCACCGCCGCCCCCAUUCUGCCUCCCGCCACCGUGACCCCGCCAGUCCCCACGCCCAAAGAGGACACGGACAUUCUGGCCGAAGAGGAGCCUCCGACGGUCCCGCGAAGCCCCGCCUCCCCAGACUCGGAAUCAUUCGAUUGGAAGGCCAUUCAAGAAGGUGCCAACUCCAUCGUUAGCAGCCUCAAUGCCGCUGCCUCCCCAUCGCUGUCCCGCCAAGGUUCGUCUGACUCUGACUCGGUGCUGUCCCUAAAAUCGGUGGGUUCGCCCUUCCGCCUGCCACCGCCCGCUAGCGACGUCCCUGACGAGGGGGCGGAAUCCAAGCGAGGCGCCAGGGUGGUCAAACCUUCCGCGGACGACAAAAAGGAGGAAGGGGAGGAACUCAAGGCGGUGAGAGGAGGGAAAAAGGUGUACCGGAGUCUGGUCACCGGCAAGCCCAGACCUGAUCUAGCUGCCAGGGGGAGGAGCAAGCCCAGAGCGCCCCCCGCUGCCGCCAAAGCACCGGGGAGUGGUGAAUCCUCUCGGGAUUCCACGCCGUCUCGCUCCUCUCAAAGAGGGGGGAGGCCCUCGCAGCUGCCGCGUACAGUGUCGCCGGCCAACCAAAAAGCGGGCGGCAAAACUGGGGCGGCGGCCCGGGUUGUGGCCAACGUCCCAAAGAAGGACAAAGCGGAAGCAGAGAAACCCGCGCUUGUGCGUCAGUCCACUUUUAUCAAGGAGGCGCCCAGUCCCACGCUCAAGAGGAAGCUGGAAGAGUCCGGUGCGACGUCCGGUCGCCAGGACGCGACCCGUUCUCAAUCGGAGAGUCCCUCGCGGCCUCCAGAUGCCGCGUCCUCGCGCCUGAGUCGCACUGGAACCUGGAAGCGCGAGAGCAAACACUCGGGCUCGCUGCCCCGCGUGGGAACAUGGAAGCGGACGGGCAGCUCAUCCUCGGUCCUCUCGGCCUCCUCUGAGUCCAGCGAGAAGGGACCCGGCGAGGAAGAUGCACCCCGGGGUGCCUGGCGGCGGGCCAAAAGUGCCGGUGCCGGAGAGAGCCAGGAAGUGUGGGUGCGUCUGGAGGACUGCCCCGUCAACAACCCGCGCUCGUCAUCCUCCUGCUCGGCCCCGUCCCCCAAGGCGCCGCCCGUCAUCUCCAAAAUACCCUCUUCUUCCAACCUCAACCUGCGCCGCAGCUGCGACAGCUUGGACGAGAAAGCGCCUGGGCAGCGGCCGGCGCAGCGUAGCGGUGCGGUGGCCGCCAGGGUCAGCCCCUUCAACUACACGCCCAGCCCCAGGAAGAGCAACCCCGCUGACAACGGCGCCUCGUCCGCCCCCGGCGUGUCGUCGGCCCCGCGCCCCUCCCUCAUCCCCACUCCGGUGACCAAGAAGCGGGAGCCCAAGGGCGGCGAAGGCAGUGGCAACGGUGGCGGGGGCGGCUCCUACAUAGUCACAUCCGUAUGAAAGCCACUCACGUUCGUCUUUUUCUACCACUAAUGAUGUGUAGCGCUUAGCUCGUGUCCCCGCAUGGCCGCCCCGCCCCCACAGAAGACGCCAUUGAGCUCAGCCCGCUCGUGUGGACGUUAUUGAUGUUUUCACUGACAAACACUGUAACGCAUAACUUAUUAAUUUAAAUGUUUUUGGCAUUAUAUGCAAGAAUAAAAGUCAACGUUUUAGCGCAACACUUUUGUCAAUGCAUCCUGAAAGUGCAGUCCAAAAAGGACAAAACGAUCAGUUUUAUUUAUAUUUAAAACAUUAUAUGAUCCUGUUUUUUGUUUACCAUGUAUUUUGCUUAUGGAUUUGAGCCAAAUCCUGAAAACAUCUCAAAAAAGGAAGAUAUCUAAUGCACACAGUGAGCCAUUUUAAGGACAGGCUCGUUCCAGACAUAUCAUUCAAUAGUGGUGCUCCAGUUUUAUGAACAGAGAGGCAAUGCAUUGACAGCAUACUUUAAAAUAAUAUAUUUUAAUUCGGGAUGGAUAUUGAAAUUAUAGUUAGGGUUAUUAUUUCGUAGAUCUGUCAAGCUUUCAAUUAAGCGUAAAAUAGCUGGGCAGAGCUUACAUGUCUUCUGUCGCAAGAUGGCCGCCAGUUAAUUGGCUGUCCAUACUUUCCCGACUUUAGAAUGAGUCCAAAGUGAUCUAUAACGUCGUGAGAAACUAAGCCAAUUAAAGAUUGUAGCAAUAGAAGACAAAAAGGUUUUUGUCAAACUUUCCAAUGACAAAAUGGGCUUUUUGUGUCUAUGCUAAUGCUACAGGGGUUGGACAAAAUAGGUUUUUCCACUAACAUUUUGGCAUCAUCAUUGAACGUGAUUGUUCCUCAUGCUAUUCUUUAACAUUCUAAUAAAGUUGAGUAUCUCGUCUGACCAGCACAAUUCCCAGACCUCAACAUUAUGAAGCAUUUAUGGUCAAUUUUAGAGAUAAAAUUAAGCCGACAAUUUCCACCGCCAUCGUCUCUAAAAGAGAGCGGGGAUCAGCAACCCCCGGCUCUAGAGCCACAAGCGGCUCUUUAGCACUGCCCUAAUGGCUCCCUGGAGCUUUUUCAAAAAUGCUUGAAAAUGGAAAAAGAUGCUGUUUUUGAAGGAAGAACAUACUGUACUUCUAAUUCAUUCAUAUUGGGAUGAAUUUAAACUUGAGGCGGCAUUGUACAACAGAGUAGUCAUAUGGUGCGUCAUUAUAGGAUUCACGGCAGGGAAAAUGAACAUUAACUGUAUUUUCCGCACUUAAGGCGCAUCAGAGUAUAAGGUGCACCUUCAAUGAAUGGCCUAUUUUAAAACAGUUUUUCAUGUAUAGGGCACACUGCUUUAUAAGGUACAGUACUAGUAGUAGUAAUGGUUGGCGUUGCGUUAUAUAUCCACAAGAUAGAUAGCCUGGAACUCCAGACUCACCGCUCUUCCAGCGAUUGAGUCUGGCGACGGUCCCGCGGAGCAAAUUCCCAUGGUGGCGCAAGCCACAGCAAAUGAACAGCGGAGUGGACCAAUCAGUGACGGGUGAACGUGACAUUGGUAAAGCGACAAGAAACUAGCGCGAGUGGAGAACGGAGAAGUUUAUUCAACAUGGCUAGCGCAAGAGACUUGUCCGUGUUUUUCGUCAUUUAAAACAUUUAUUUAUAAUACAAAUAUACAAAUUUAUAUACAGUGGCGGACUUUGCAAUCUUGGGGCCUAAGGCGAACAUACCCAGGGGCCCUCUUCAUGGGUCAGGGGUUAAAAAGGUGAAAAGGGUGUGGAGGAAAUAUGCUCCAGUACACUAUGGCUGUCCUAAACGACAAAUUUUCUCCUGAUUAGUCAGCCGACUAGUUUUACGAUUUGCCGACUAAUAAUUUUCUUUUCUUUUUUUUUACUAAUUUAGCAAUGAAAUUUUUGUUGAUGCUUAUUAAUUCACAAAACCAUUUUGGAACACUUAAAUUCUUUAUUAAAGUACAAAUAAUCAUGUAAAUAACAAUAAUUAAUCACAAACAAUGAGGUUAAAUGCUGAUUGCAUUUACUAGUGCAAAAAAAUGGAAAGUAAAUAGAUUCAGAACAGUGACUUUGCCUUUCCAACAUUAUUCAAAACAAUUCUUUAAUAAUACAGCUAGAAUUUUUUUUAUAGUAUACUACUAUAUAUAAUAGUAAUAUCAUAAUCAUAAUUAUUCAUUGCCAGUCAUUGUCAUAAAAAGUGUCAUUUGAAAGCUAUUCUUAGUGUAGAAUCUGUAUUCUGUAGUAAUUACUCAACAUAUUAUAAUAUUAAUUCUGAAGUAUGUGGGAUUAACUCCAGAAAUAGUUAUUUAUAUGACAAACAUUUUAUUUUGAAAUGUUCACCGGAGUUACGUUCGCUAAACCGUUAACCGAAAGCUUUACACUCCGUAAAAAAAACCUCGUCAUUGCUUGUGGUGUCACUAAUAGAUUUUUUUUUUUUUCGUUAGCAAAUGCUGUUAACCAGCUGUUGAGGGUUAUUCUAUGACUGAUUGGAACUGUACUGCAUUAUUUCGCCACAGGGUGUGCUGUCGUGUAUUUUAUGUUCGGUGUGAAGAAGAAGAAAAAGUUAAAAGAGGCAUUAACGGCCUGUUCUCAACUUCUCCCUCACUGCACUUUGGCUCUCAUGGAGAGCACGUUCGCUGAGAUGUGUUCGAAAUAAACGAUAGCCGACGUGCAAAGUAGCAAGUGAGCUGUAGAAAUAGCGAUCUUAGAGGCGUGAAAAACACGGGAGAGCUAAGUGAAGCUAACGAACAGCUAAGCGAAGCUAAACGGUGCUAAAUGAAGCUAAGCGACUGAUACUCAGUUCGUUGUCGUGGAACAGUCCAUUGUAGUGCGUGUGUGUGGGGGAGAGAUAAUAUAAAUGCAGCAUUCAAAUGGCUUUCUUUUUUGUUUUGUUAUUUGUUUGUUUGGUAUGCUGACAUAAUCAUACAUGACGAAUAGUGGCCCAAGCUGUUGCUCGUUGGGGCAAGUGCAAGGGCAGCUGGUUGGGGGCCCCCUACAGGUUGGGGGCCUAAGGCGAUCGCCUACUUCGCCUGAAUAGUAGAUCCUAUGCAUAUAUAAGACACUGGCAGCUUUUGAGAAAAUUGAAGGCUUUCAGGUGCGUCUUAUAGUGCGGAAAAUACGGUAAUCAUGAAGAACGUAGCCAGCUUAGUCAUUUUGAUAGUAAGCUAAUAUAGCUUGUAAUGAGUUACAGGUAGGAUGCGUGCAUAAAAGUAACAAAAAGGGGGCGGGCUUCCACUUAUGCACUUUUAUUAACCAAAACUAAGUAAACGCGCGUUCGCAGAUGAACAGAAGAAGAACAUAUUCAAUAUAAAUAAAGCAGCGCCACCGCGUGGUGGAUUUCAGGAGGAACACCAUUUAAGGUUGGUGAUUGUUUUUAUUGGAAACAAUUCACAAGUUGUAUGAAUUAAUGCCUCGGAGAAUUGAGGCUGUAAUUACAGCAAAAGGUGGAUCUUUACCCUAUUAAAUGAGUUUUUGUUGAUUUUAAGGUGUUUCCAUUAUUUUGUAAAACCGCUGUAUAUCUAAAAUGGACAUUUUCAUAAACGGUCUCGUUAGUAAUCUGGGAUAGUGAUUUAUGUUAACUGCCGUUGACGUCUGUUGACGUCUAAUCAUUUUGAACUGCGAAGGGUCCAGCACAGGCUGACGGUACUGGACUGCGCAGACGAGUACCAAGCCGCCAUUUCGGAAAGCUGCCCUCCUGCCUCCAGACGAACCCUUUUCAAACAUCCUUUGUAAGAAAAUGCAUAACGGAAGUAGUUUCUUGGGAAGAGAUUAACGUUGCUUUUAUCCGGCCGGUUGCCGCUUGGAUGAUUCUGGGGCAAAAAUAUUACAAAUCCUUCUCCUGUUGACGUUUUGCUGGCUCCGACUGAGCCCCAAUG